ACCAAUUCAAGCGAAUAAAACAGACGUUAGUACAAUUGAUACGGAUAUGGAAUAUGAUGAUGUUAAAUUUUCCAUUGAAGCUCUUAUGUCACAUAAUCAAUAUCGUAUUCAGCAUGGUGCCGCACCAUUAGCGUCGAAUGAAUAUUUAUCUAAAGCAGCAACUGACUGGGCAAAAGAGCUAGCAAAAAUGAAUCAGUUGAAACAUAGUCCUGAUCAAUGGCGACGAUAUCAAGGUUCAGUAUUAGGCGAAAAUUUAGCCUAUUUUAUUGGACCGUUACUCAAAGGUGAACGAAUGACAGAUAUGUGGUAUCGCGAAGAAAAAAAUCAUGAUUUCGGGGGCGACCUACAAGAAAAUAGUUUACAUUUUUCACAAUUAGUUUGGAAAUCAACGAAGGAAGUUGGUUUUGGUAGAUGCCAGACAAAAGAUAAAAAACAAUGGUAA